CCAAAGUCCCAUCGUAUAUCCUACGCACUCUCUCCUCCCUGCGAUACACAGGGGUAAACAAGGACUGCGAAGACAGUCUAAGGCCCGGUUGCGAAGUUUGUCCUCAUCGCCGACGAGCCCAAUGACUGCGAACAAGCGAAUCUCGUACUACUAUGAUCCGGAUGUGGGGUCGUAUACAUAUGGGCUGGGGCAUCCGAUGAAGCCUCAUCGAAUGCGGGUUACACAUGAGCUUGUCUCCGCGUACGGAAUGUUGGAUAAGAUGCACAUCUUGCGCGCCAAACGCGCGUCUACAGAGGACAUGACGCGCUUCCAUACCGAUGAAUACGUCGACUUUCUGAACAGGGUCACGCCCGAGACGGCGGAGGAUUUGACAUACCAGGGGACGAGAUUCCUGGUGGGCGAUGACAACCCCGCCUUUGAAGGCGUCUUCGAGUUCUGCUCCAUAUCAGCCGGAGGUUCACUCGCUGCCGCCGAGCGCAUCUCCUCCGGCGCGAGCGACAUCUGCAUCAACUGGUCCGGCGGCCUGCACCACGCCAAGAAGCGCGAGGCCUCCGGCUUCUGCUACAUCAACGACAUCGUCCUCUGCAUCCUCGACCUCCUCCGCACCCACCCACGCGUCCUCUACGUCGACAUCGACUGCCACCACGGCGAUGGUGUGGAAGAGGCCUUCUACACCACGGACCGCGUCAUGACGUGCUCCUUCCACAAGUUCGGCGAGUACUUCCCCGGCACGGGUACGCAGGACGAUCGGGGGCACGGGAAGGGCAAGGGCUACGCGGUGAACGUUCCGCUCAAGGACGGCAUCACGGACGACUCGUAUCAGAGCAUCUUCGAGCCUGUCGUCACGCGCGUGCUCGAAGUAUUCAGGCCCUCGGUCGUCAUACUGCAGUGCGGGUCCGACUCGCUCUCGGGGGACAAGCUUGGGUGCUUCAACCUGAGCAUGGAGGGCCACGCGCGCUGCGUGCAGUUCUUCCGCAAGCAGAACCUACCCUUGAUCAUGCUCGGUGGCGGCGGGUACACGGUGAAGAAUGUCGCGCGCACCUGGACGUACGAGACCGCGUGCGCGCUCGGCAUCGAGGACACCAUCGACCCGCACAUGCCGUGGAACGAGUACUUCGAGUGGUUCGGGCCGCGCUAUCGGCUGGAAGUCGUGUCGAGCAACAUGGAGGAUAUGAAUUUGAAGGAUAACUCGUUGAAUCGGGUGAGGGAAAAGGCGCUGCAACAUCUGGCGGAGCUGGCGCCAGCGCCGAGCGUGCAGAUGCAUGAUGUGCCGAGGGAGUCGGUUGGGAAGCAUUUGAGACUAGCAGUGGAUGAUGAAGACGAUGACGACGAGCGCGACGACCUCGACAGGCAGCUUGCUCAACACAUGCGCUACGUCUACAACCUCCACCACGCCUCCUCCGCCCCGCCAUCCCCCACUUCCUCCACCUCCAGCUCUGACUCCGACUCCGAUUCCUCCGCACCCCUUUCCUCUCGUCAAACCCCGUCUCGUAUGCCUCGCGCUUCCCCCAAAAAGCGCAUGUCUAUCCUCACCAACCGCUACCACGAUGCUUCCAACCGCGCCGACGCCGACCCCGCCUACUUCACCGUCCCCUCCCACGACCCCGCCUACUCGCACUUCGCCUGCGGCGCGCCCGCGAAGACAUCCCACCGACGCUUCUUCCAGAGCGGCGCGCACUGGGACGCGGUCGGCGCGCGGGUGGUGCUGCCCGACGGCGCCGUGUUCGCGCCGCAUAGCGGGUAUGGCGGAAGAGAAUAUGACGGGGUCGACAGAAGGAACGGCGCGCUGGGAGUUGGUUCAGGGAUGGGGGCGGGCCUCGACGGGCUGGAAAGGAGGAACGGGUUGGCCGCGGGCCCGAUGCGCGUGGAGGACGCGGACGAGGACGCGAUCCUGGACGAGCUGUACGAGCGGGGGAUGGAUGGUGAGGAGAAGGAGAUGAAUAUCCCGAUGGAGGAGUACGAUAGGGGCCCGGGGGUGGAGAGGCCGUACACGCUGGCGGAGGUGAUGAUGCGGGGCGGGCUGGUCGAGCAGCCGGACGAUGAUGAUGAUUGGGAUGAUAUGGCGGUGGAUGCAUGACAUGCUAGCAGUGGAUGCAUAUGUGGUCUUGACGAUGGAUGGAUGGAGGACCCGUGGUCAUGGUGGAUGACUGUGGCGGGUCUUCAACUGUAUUUGUACGUGGCUCUUGGUGUAUCGUAUCUUUAUUUGUUUCUUUCGCUCUUGGACGACCGCGUCCCUUUAUUGAACCUCUUUGGAAAGCCCGCACAUGUGUAGUUGGCAUAUAUAUGGUUAUAAGUUAGCUUGAUCCAGUUCGGUAUCUAGAAGUCUAUCCCAUCCAACUCCAUGAUAUGCCCGGCGCGGAUGACCCGCCCUUUAGCUGUGCAGAGGGACUCAUGCGCGCGUAUUGCCCCGAACGCUUUGACAAGUACUUGCACCUUGCGCCACGUCGGAUUCUCCGGCGCCUCUUCCUCAAGGUCGCCGUCCGCAACCUGCCCCGCCGACG